UGUAUACAUCUCCCAGGUUAGAAGUUUGCUGAAGGCUUGUAAUUUAGAAGAAUUUGAAGAUCUGGAAGAAAAAUUCUUUCCUCAAUGGAGUCAAGCUAUGAUAGAAUACUUUAGGGCUCAUAUUAGGUCAGACAUUUUGAACCAUUCUGUUCGUUGGGUGUUAGAGGGACAUAACAUGUACAAUCCUUUCUCUGGUGUUACAAACAAUAGUGCUGAAUCUCAUAAUGCAGUUUUGAAAAGACUACAAGAAUGUAAACAAGCUCCCAUUGAUCAAAUGGUUCUUGCGUUAUAUUUUCUACAAAAUUCUUACCAGGCAGAGUGUCUCAGAGGUAGAGCGGGGAUUGGAAAUUACUUGCUUUUGCCAGAAUUUUCGAAUUGUUCAAUUCAAAUUGAUGAAUUAGUGAUGCCAAAUCAUAUAUACAAAUCUGAAGACAUAAUUGAAAUGGUUAAAAACAAUAGGUGUUAUGUUGGGGAAAUAGGUUCAAAUAGUCAGGAAGUUCAGUCUAAUGAAAGUGAAGUCCAGCAGUUAAAUAGUCCUAGCAAUAGUGUAAAUGAUAUUAACAAUGAAAGUGUAGAGAAGCUCCAAACAUCUCAGUUGACAAAAUGUGAUAUUCCUGAUAAUCAAAUACAGGCAGAAAUAAGCCAAAUUCCUGUAGAGGAACAGUCUAAUCAAUGUCAAUCACCAAUGUCUCCCCAUCCAGUUAAUGAUACUGUGUUAGGCUCAAACGUACCAGUCAAGUUAGAAAGUAAUGAUAUAAUAAAGAGUCAAAACAAUAGCAAACAAUCAAUGUCUCAAGUAGCUAUGGCCAAAGCAGUUAUCAAUUCAAAUGGUGUUAAACAUAUUCCUGAGAUGGGUUGCUUUAUUGUCCGUGGAAUCAGAGAGGAAAAAUAUGCAGUUACUAUUCAUCCAAAAGAAAAGUGUCAGUGUCCUUCAACAAAUACUUGUUACCAUAUAAUUGCAGUGAAACUUUCCUUAGGUCAGACGUUAAAUGAUAAUA